AUGUCGCUGGGAAUUCUGCAACUUUUGAGCGUUAUCCUGCUGAUGGAUCCAGCCGAGGUGGUCACUGGUCCUCCACAGGCCAGGGAUCUGCCCACUCAGAGCCUGGACGAGUUCCGUCAGAGGUAUUUGCUGCCGCUUAUCUCUUCGGAUACCAGGAACUGCAGCCUGAACGCAUGCGAAUCGCUGGGUAUCGUUUCCCAGCUGCUGAUGCUCAUCAACGCGAUGCCCAAUGGUACACAGACAGCCUCCUCCGAUGGACACAAACCCGUCGCCAAACCGAAGCCGAAUGGACAGGCCAAUGGUGAUGGAAGUGGCAGUGGGGAAGUCAACGCCAUGUCCCAUUUGGCCAAUUUUGAUCUGGUGAAGAGGGUACGCCAGAUCGAGAGUCGUCUCCGGUCCGUGGAGCAGCCCGUCUGGCACUUGGCCACCGGCAGCCAGAUCGAGUGGAAUCACUGCACGUCGGGCGUGUGUCGCUGCAACCCGGACACCAAGAGCUUCACCUGUUGGAAUACGAACCUCAAGUCGGUGCCGGUCACCCAGGUGAUACCCAUGAAUAUGGUCAACAUAGAUCUUUCCCGGAACAUUCUGUCCACGCUGCACAAGGACACUUUUCGAGGUCUUACGCUGCUAAAGGAAUUGGACAUAUCGCACAAUGUCCUAGACUUUUUACCCUUUGAUCUGUUCCAGGAUCUGGAUAGCUUGCUCAUUUUACGCAUCCAAAACAAUCAGCUGGAGGACAUUGAUCCUCGCACUUUUUGGAAGCUCCGCAACAUGAAUAUCCUGGAUCUGAGCAAAAACGAGAUAGGAAUGCUGCCAGAAUCAAUCUUCUACCAUGCCCAGAGACUCACCGUGAUCAACCUGUGUGAUAAUAAGAUCAACAACUUCCCACCGAACCUGCUGAGGGAUCAACUAAUGCUGGAGGAGCUGGACAUGUCACGGAAUAGAAUUGAAGAGCUCAACUCUGGUAGUAUUCAUUAUCUGACCAAGCUAAAGAACCUGGAUUUGGGAUGGAAUCAAAUAUCCAAAAUCGAUGAUGAUUUCUUUAUGGGUUUAAAGAGUCUGCGGACUCUGACGCUGCACAACAAUCGCAUAUCAACGCUUUCGGGCACCAUAUUCAAUAAUCUCGUCAACUUGGUGACCUUGGAUUUGACCAUGAAUAGGAUAAGUCAUAUCGAUGGCCAUGCCUUUGUGGAGCUGAAGAACCUUAAUGAGCUGUUUUUGGGACAGAACUCUCUGUCCAGCAUCCCGGCUGACCUGUUCCUAAAUGUCAGUGGUCUCACCCGGUUGACCCUGUUCUCCAAUAACCUCACCACCUUGGAAGCUGAUGACUUCCAGGGACUGAGCAAUCUUAAGAUUCUGCUGCUAAACAAUAAUAUUCUCAAGAAUUUCGACCCUAUGGCCUUUGGGCCACUGACCCAACUGGAAAAACUGCGCAUUGACUCCAACAAGCUCAUGUUCCUGCCCCAUGGAUCCUUGCAUGGUUUGGAAAAGUUGGUGGCCGUCAAGUUAGACAAGAAUCCCUGGCACUGCGACUGCCGGGCUCUUUACCUGGCCAGAUGGAUCCGAGAAUUUGUGCUGAAGCUCUGGGAUGGACAGCAGCCAAUGUGCCGAGGUCCUGGCGACUUGGGGGGUCACGAGGUGGGCCUGCUCCGCUAUGACGACCUCUGUGAUGGACAGUGGGCCAGCAUGUUAUCCCUUUCCCCAAGGCUUCCCGUUCGCAAGCAUCAGAUAUCCACGCCCAUGAACUACACGGACUACUUUAAUCUCUAUCUGAAGCACAUCUAUAAUGGCACCACCGAUGAGGAGCUCAAGGAGGCCGAGAUAACCAGUGUGGCUAUAAAGAAGGUUCACGUGGAUUAAAAAUGAUUAAUCAUAUUUAUAUUAGUAUAGCAUAAUUAGUUGUUUCAUUUUGUAGAUUGUUCCAUAACUAAAGCCAAAAUCAAUCGGUUCUAUCAAGUUAAGU